AUGCAGAGUGAAGACUCAGAGGAGGAUGACCUGUGUGCUAUCAGUGACCGCUGGGCUUUCCAGCGAGAGAGUAAGACGUGGUCACGACUGCGUACCCUUUCCACGCAUAUCUCCCCUAGCGUGGAGGUCCUCUCCUCCACCACCCUGCUCCCCAUGAGGGCCUCAGCCAGUAGCGAAAGCAUCUUGAGUGACUUCAGUAACCUGGUGGUCACCUCCACCCACAGCAGCAGCAGCCUGAGUGUGGAGAGUGCCAGAGGAACCACGUCCAGCAGGGGAACCCCCUCCAGUCAGGUCACCAGCACGGCAGAGCCCUACACCCUCACCUCCCACCAUGAUUCCCAUGGCUCCCACUCUCCCAACGGAUCCACCCUGAGCAGUGAGGACCAACCUGCUUUUCCCAAAGACCUGGUCACUGUUCCUGUCAGCAGAGAGAAGACCAAGAGGUGUUCCAAUACCUUCCUGAGGAGAAUGGAGUCGUUCAAGAGAAAAGAUAAAGAGAGGGAAGCGACAGAUGGCCAAGUUGUGACCAAUCAGCUGCAGCUCCCUCUAACCCCUGGCAGUUUGCAUUGCACUUCCAAUGAAAGUCUACCUGGUUUAAAAAAGAACACUACAGAAAAUAGCAGUGUAAAUUACAGCAGAAAGGCCCAUACGAUCUGUCGGAGUACAGGCCGUAGGUCCCCAGUUAAGGUGAAGAACAGUUGGCUCUAUCUAGAGGACUAUGAGAUGGGCGGGUGGAAGGGGGCUAAACAGGUUAGUCAGAAGAGUGGCUAUAGAAAUGGACUAGAUUGUCUGGUUCAUCUGCCAAUGGACCACAAGCCAGGCACGUUCCCCAAAUCCCUAUCCAUCGAGAGCCUGUGCACUUCUUCCACCUUUCACGAGCUGGGUAGAUGGCAGAUGGAGGACGUCAACCUUUCCCUGGGCAGCAGUCAGGAGUCCCAGGACUUCACCAUGUUUCCUAGAAGAAGGAACUUGUGUUCCUCCAUGGGGAGCAUCUAUGAAAAUAUGCCUGAGGCUAGUAGCAGUUCAGACGAAUUGAGAGAAAAGGUCUUUGAGCAUCUGGAUGAUAUCCUUCAACAUGUCCAUGGCCUUCAGCAGAAUAUAGACCAGUGGUCCAAGAUGGUGUGUCAGGAGCUCAAUGACGGGCAUGAGGAGGUGGACACUGACGAGACCAGAGAAACAACAUGCUCCUCCAGCCUCCAUUUUGAGGACCAGUCUAUGUCAGAUGUAGGCAUGACAGCCAGUGACUACGACAGCACAGGAAACUCCUUGAAUGAAGUGGAGGAUGUUGAGAUGAGAGAAAGGAGGGACUCAGGAGUGGGCGCUUCCUUAACCAGGCCAAGCAGGUAAACAUACACUCAGCUGCCAGUUUAUUAGGUACACCCAUCUAGUACCAGGUCGGACCCUCCUUUGCCUCCAGAACAGCCUGAAUUAUUCAGGGCAUGGAAACGUUGCUCAAUUGGUAUCAAGGGACCUAACGUUUACACCACUGCCACCAGCCUGUAUCAUUGACACCAGGCAGGAUGGGGCCAUGGACUCAUGCUACUUACGCCAAAUCCUGACUCAAAUGAAAUAAAAUUGUAUUUGUCACAUGCUUCGUAAACAGCAGGUGUAGACUAAAUGUUUACUUACGGGCCUUCCCAACAAUGCAUAGAGAUAGUAGAAAAUGUUUUUAAAAUAGAAAAAUAAUAACAAGGAAUAAAUACACAAUUAGUAACGAUAACUUGGCUAUAUACACGGGGUACCAGUACCGAGUUGAUGUGCAGGGGUACAAGGUAAUUGAGGUAGAUAUGUACAUAUAGGUAGGUAUAAAGUGACUAGGCAAUGGGAUAGAUAAUAAACAGUAAUAGCAGUGUAUGUGAUGAGUCAAAAGAGAUUAGUCCAAAAAGGGUCAAUGCAGAUAUUCUGAGUAGCUAUUGGUUAACUAUUUAACUAACUAUUUAGCAGUCUUAUAGCUUGGGGGUAGAAGCUGUUCAGGGUCCUGUUGGUUCCAGACUUGGUGCAUCAGUACCGCUUGCUGUGCAGUAGCAGAGAGAACAGUCUAUGACUUGGGUGGCUGGAGUAUUUACAAUUUUUUAGGGCCUUCCUCAGACACUGCCUGGUAUAGAGGUCCUGGAUGGCAGGGAGUUCGGCCCCAGUGAUGUACUGGGCCGUACGCACUACCCUCUGUAGCGCCUUGCGGUCGGAUGCCAAACAGUUGCCAUACCAAGCGGUAAUGCAGCCAGUCAGGAUGCUCUCAAUGGUGCAACUUUUUGAGGAUCUGAGGGCCCAUGUCCCGUGUAGCUCAGUUGGUAGAGCAUGGCGCUUGCAACGCCAGGGUUGUGGGUUCGUUUCCCACGGGGGACCAGUAUGAAAAAAUUGAUGCACUCACUAACUGUAAGUAGCUCUGGAUAAGAGCGUCUGCUAAAUGAAUAAAAUGUAAUGUCUAAUCUUUUCAGCCUCCUGAGGGGGAAGAGGCGUUGUCGUGUCCUAUUCACGACUGUGUUGAUAUGUGGACCAUGAUAGUUCCUUAGUGAUGUGGACACCGAGGAACUUGAAGCUCUCUACCUGUUCCAUAAUAGCCCCGUUGAUGUGGAUGGGGGCAUGCUCGGCACAAUAUUCCCUCUAAGCUGUGCGCAGCUCCCCCAUGACUGCUGCGCAGAAUAAAUAUCAGCCUGCGCAGACAAGCACGAGAUUGAACUUCACUCAACUUUCUAGAGUUUUUCCCUUUAGUUAACACUAUCAACUUUUCCCUUUACUGUGUGGAUUGUGAUUGAAUCAACGCAAUAUUAGCCACGUUCAAUGGAACAUACCGAAACAAAACUAACUAUGCAAGACUUAGCAUAUAAAACUAACUAUUCAAGAGAUUUUGUUGUAGGCAGAACGCAUCGGACGCAUGACUCUGCCCGUACUCUACAACGACCUGUGCGGCAUAACCAAUCAGAGCUGCAGUAGACCUAUAUACAAAUAGACCAUUCCCAUAUAUGGAUCUGUGCCAUUCACUUUGAACUGGACUGGUGUUUACAGCAUGAGCGGUCAUGAUGUGCUUGUUUUGAGAUCAAAAUGAGAGCUGCAUGUAGCCAGGUGUGCAUAUUUGUUAAUAUCCUUUGCUAGUUAGUGAGUAAUUAGGCCAGUUAUAGAUCAUUUGCAGUCAGCAAUGGGGGAGUGAUUUCUUCCUACAAGAGCACAAACGUGUACAUUUUCAGAUAAAAUAACUUUUUUUUGUCUUAAAGGGGCAGUGUUGUAUUUUGAGACAGGCUUGAAUAAGCUAAGUAGUCAAUAGGCAGAGGGUAGCAUAAUUUGUCUGAUUCUCUGUAAUAAUGGUAUGGGAAUAAUAAUGCAUUACAUUUUUUAAAGUGGUUUCUUGCAUCAAACAACACAACACAUUUUCAGUCACGUCCUUGUCUGAAGUGGAUAAACAGGUUAAUGUCAAGCCUGCACGUUUUUUUCAAAAGUCUCAUGGAAUGUAGGCCUACCUUAAACACCACACAUUGGCUGCUACUGUAGGCUGAAUGAUUACCCUACAUAACGUAGGCACAGCAGAUCCCCUUAUUGUAUGGGACACUUUUAAAUGUGCCUUUUAGAGGCCAUGCAAUUCAAUACUCAUCUUUAAAACAAUAACAAUUUAGGUCAAAAGAGUUCAUCCUAAAAAAGGAAAUAGAGGAACUAACAGUACAGAUCGAUAGCAAUAACAACUGUAACAUGGAGGCACAGAAUAAUUUAGAGGAAAAACAAAAAGAAAUGGAGGAACUUAUUCAAGAAAGAUCAAGUGUAAUAUAUUUUAAAAAAUAAAGCCAACUGGAUGAAAUAUGUGAAAAAAUGCACCAAAUUAUUUUUCUUUAUCUUCAACAUAGAAAUGCUACCAAAAAGAAGUUACAGAAACUUGUUACAAAUAACGGAGUCAUCCAUGAUUCACCAAACAAUAUUUUGAAAGAAGAAGGAAAGUACUUCAGUCUCCUCCAUUUCCACUAUCAGAAGUUAAUUGUAAGGAUUGUUCUUCUAUUAACAAUGUAAAAUUAACAGCUAUAGAGAAAGAGUCAUGUGAAGGCCUAAUUUACAGAGGAGGAACUUCUAGAUGCAAUUAAAGCCUUCAAUUAAAGCCUUCAAUAUAUUUAAAGAUGCAAUUAAAGCCUUCAAUAUUUUACGAUGUACUCAAAGUUCGUUAUUAACAUGUUUUAACCACUCCUAUAAAAAUGCUAGACUAUCAGACACUCAGCAAGAAGGUCUCAUUUCAUUAUUACUGAAACAUGACCCAGGUGGUAAAUAUAAAGAUCCAGUCCACCUAAAAAAUUGGAGACCCCUUACACUUCAGUGUUGUGAUGCCAAAAUCCUAGCAAAAUGCAUAGCGCAUAGAAUUAAAAGGUAUUGUCAGAUAUUAUUCAUCCUAAUAAGACAGAUUUUUUACAUGGACGGUACAUUGGAGAUAAUAUAAGACAAGUACUGGAAACAAUAGAAUACUAUGAAAAAUCUGGGAAACCAGGCCUGGUAUUCAUAGUUGACUUUGAAAAGGCCUUUGUUAAAGUACGACUGGAAUUUAUAUAUAAAUGCCUGGACUAUUUUAAUUUAGGAGAAUCUCUUAUACAAUGGGUUUAAGUUAUGUACAGUAACCCCAGGUGUAAAAUAGUAAAUAAUGGCUACUUCUCAGAAAGUAUUAAAUUGACAAGAGGAGUAAAACAAGGUUGCCCACUAUCGGCAUAUCUAUUUAAUAUGGCCAUCGAAAUGUUAACUAUUAAAAUUAGAUCCAACAUUAAUAUCAAGGGGCUAGAAAUCCAGGGCUUAAAAACAAAGGUGUCAUUGUACACUGACGAUUCAUGUUUUCUUUUAAAUCCACGAUUUGGAUCCCUGCACAGCCUCAUAGAGGAUCUAGAUUAUUUUUCUAACCUCUCAGGAUUAAAACAGAAUUAUGAUAAGUGCACCAUAUUACAUAUUGGAUCUCUAAAAAAUACACAAUUUACAUGAACGUGUAGUUCACCAAUAAAAUGGCCCGACGGUGAAGUGGACAUACUCGGUAUUCAUAUUCCGAAAGAAAGAAAUUAUCUCACUACAAUACAUUUUAAUAGAAAGUUAGCCAAAUUAGAUAAGAUUUUGCUACCAUGGAAAGGACAACACUUGUCUAGUUCUGGAAAAAUCACCCUGGUUAAUUCAUUAGUCAUAUUCCAGUUUACCCACAGUACCAGUCAAAAGUUUGGACACACCUACUCAUUCCAGGGUUUUUCGUUAUUUUGAAUAUUUUCUACAUUGUAGAAUAAUAGUGAAGCCAUCAAAACUAUGAAAUAACACAUAUGGAAUCAUGUAGUAAUCAAAAAAGUGUUCAACAAAUCAAAAUCUAUUUUAUAUUUGAGAUUCUUCAAAGUAGCCACCCUUUUCCUUGAUGACAGCUUUAUACACUCUGUGGAUCUGUUGGGGCGGUAUGCGAAUUGGAGUGGAUCCAGGGUGUCUGGGAGAAUGGUGUUGAUGUGAGCCAUGACCAGCCUUUCAAAGCUUUCAUGGCUACAGUCAUUUAGAAAGAUUACCUGUCUUGGUCCUAUAGUGAUACUUUGCCUGUUUGAUGGUUUGCUGGAGGGUGUAGCGGGAUUUAUUUUGCCCUCAGAACAGCCUCAAUCAUUGGGACAAGGACUCUACAAGGUGUUGAAAGCGUUCCGCAGGGAUUCUGGCCCAUGUUGACUCCAAUACUUCCCACAGUUGUUCCAAGUUGGGUGGUGGACCAUUCUUGAUACACAUGGGAAACUGUUGAGCGUGAAAAAGCCAGCAGCGUUGCAGUUCUUGACACAAACCAGUGCGCCUGGCACCUACUACCAUAUCCUCUCUCCGACAUAGUCUCGCCAGGUAUCCCGCACGCCGGCCUCUAUGGCGCCAUCUCCUCCUUCGAGUGUCGGGGAUUUGGGCCUGGUCCGCGAUAAUCAAUAUGUCUUUCAACCGACUCAUUGAAAUAGAAGUCCUCAUCCAAAUGGAGGUUAGUGAUAGCUGUUCUGAAGUCCAGAAGCUCUUUUUGGUCAUAGGAAAUUAUGGCGGAAACAUUAUGUACAAAAAAAGUUAAGAUAAGCGCAAGAAAAUACACAAAAUUGCACAAUUGGUCAGGAGCCUGUAAAACGGCCGUCAUUCCCUCCGGUGCCAUCAGCAUAAUGCAACAGGAACCGGGAAUCGUCGGACCAGGCAAUGUUUUUCAACUCCUCAAUUGCCCAGUGUUGGUGAUUGCAUGCCCACUGGAGCCGCUCCGUGACCAGGACCGACGAGUUGUGCGUUCCGAGAUGUAGUUCUGCACACCACUGUUGUACUGCCUGUUUGUGGCCCGCCUGUUAGCUUGCACGAUUCUUGCCAUUCUCCUUCGACCUCUCAUCAACGAGCUGCUUUCGCCCACUGGACUGCUGCUGAAUGUUUUUUAUUUGUAGCCCCAUUCUCGGUAAAACCUAGACACUGUCAUGCGUGAAAAGCCCAGGAGGACGGCCGUUUCUGAGAUACUGGAACCGGCGUGCUUGGCACCGAUGAUCAUACCACAUUCAAAGUCGCUUAGGUCACUCGUUUUGCACAUUCUAACGUUCAAUUGAACAGUAACUGAAUGCCUCGAUACCUGUCUGCCUGCUUUAUAUAGCAUGCCAUGGCCACGUGACUCACUGUCUGUAGGAGCUAACCAUUUUCGUGAACAGGGUGGUGUACCUAAUAAACUGGUCACCGAGUGUACAUUGUUAUAUACAUUAUUUUAUAAACAUGAAGAUGAUAACAUGUUCAGGUUCAUCCAUAUUUUUACAAAUGUUUAAAUAGCUCUUGAAGUUUAGACAGAGUAUAAUAGUAAAGACACAUGAAUUAAUCAAUUUAAUCGUCUCUAGGAAAUACCACAAAUGGACACUUAUAGAAUUCUCUAUCGAUCAACAUUCACCUUUAUUUCCAUUGCAUUUCCCCUCUCUCUAGGAAGCUACGGUGGCAUAGUUUCCAGAACUCUCACAGGCCGAGCCUGACUUCAGCCUCCCAGGAGAUUAACCGCCAGUCAGCCGCUCAGCUCAACCUGCUGCAGAUGUUCUCUCUGCUCCGGCUCACUGCUAUCAUGGAGAAGUACUGCGAACCCAACAAACAUGGCUGGAGCUGGUGAGUGCAGGGCCCUUGGAAACUGGAGAGUGGAGACUGAAAUGGAGAUGAAGGCCUAUAUGUAGGGAAGUGCACUAUAUGCACUCUAUUAUACUGUCCUUUUGAAAUGAAAUUGUCCAGGGAAUGAAAGGUUAAUUUCAAGAGAUUCAAGUAUUGCUUUCUUGUGGUCAGGAUACUGCUUUUUAAAGUGAAUUGUAUUGUAUAUGGCAAGGCCUUUGAUCUACAUUUGUGCAGCUAAUGUAUUGUAGUAUAAAAGGAAAAUCGGCUUUUCAUAAAGCAGGCUGUUAAAAAGUUUGACUUGUACAAUUUCACAAUCGUCUCUCAUUCAGGCUCUCAUUUCCUAUUCAGAUGAUUCAUGCUUCGCCAAAAUAAAUCACAUUUUCCAACAUAAAGAAACUAUUAUCUUUGCAGUGGCCAUUUUAGGACACACUCAGUUGUCAGCAAUGAAUUAGCGUGUUUUAAUCUCCAUCCUAAAAGGUUCCAACUUUAAUUUAUCUUGCAUCAUAAGCCAUGUGCUCUCACACAAUUAGGCUUCAUCCCUCAGUUGAAAAAGUAUUAUGUGAAUAUUCAUCAGAUGAAAUGGAAACCGUUAGACCAAACAGUUUUCAUUCAAAAAAAGACAUCAGAUGUCCAGGGAAAAUAUCUAAUGUUACCUGUGGUCAGGAUUGUGCACAGAUAGUCUACCUGUGCCUGAGCACCUGCCCUUUGACCUCACACUCGCCGUUUUGGGAGGGGAUAUGUUUUUUGUCGUUGUUGUUCUGAACCCACUGCCCGCAAGUCGUCGUUACUCAUCAAGUUCGCCACCCCCCGCACAUACAGUGCCUUCGGAAAGUACCCCUUGACUUUUUCCACAUUUUGUUACAUUACAGCCUUAUUCUAAAAUUGAUUAAAUAAAAUCAAUUCCUCAGCAAUCUACACACAAUACCCCAUAAUUACAAAGCAAAAACAGGUUUUUAGAAAUUUUUGCAAAUGUAUAAAAAAUAAAAAACAGAUACCUUAUUUACAGAAGUAUUCAGACCCUUUGCUAUGAGACUCGAAAUUGAGCUCAGGUGCAUCCUGUUUCCAUUUAUCAUCCUUGAGAUGUUUCUACAUCUUGAUUGGAGUCCACCUGUGGUAAAUUCAAUUGAUUGGACAUGAUUUGGAAAGGCACACACCUGUCUAUAUAAGGUCCCACAGUUCACAAUGCAUGUCAGAGCAAAAACCAAGCCAUGAGGUUGAAGGAAUUGUCCGUAGAGUGCCGAAACAGGAUUGUGUCGAGGCACAGAUCUGGGGAAGGGUACCAAAAAUUGUCUGCAGCAUUGAAGGUCCCCAAGAACACAGUGGCCUCCGUCAUUCUUUAAUGGAAGAAGUUUGGAACCACCAAGACUCUUCCUAGAGCAGGCCACCCGGCCAAACUGAGCAAUCUGGGGAGAAGGGCCUUGGUCAGGGAGGUGACCAAGAACCCGAUGGUCACUCUGACAGAGCUCUAGAGUUCCUCUGUCGAGAUGGGAGAACCUUCCGGAAGGACAACCAAUUCUGCAGCACUCCACCAAUCAGGCCUUUAUGGUAGAGUGGCUAGAUGGAAGCCACUCCUCAGUAAAAGGCACAUGACAGCCCGCUUGGAGUUUGCCAAAAGGCACCUAAAGACUCUCAGACAAUGAGAACAAGAUUCUCUGGUCUGAUGAAACCAAGAUCGAACUCUUUGGCCUGAAUACCAAGCGUCACGUCUGGAGGAAACCUGGCACCAUCCCUACAGUGAAGCAUGGUGGCAGCAUCAUGCUGUGGGGAUCUUUUUCAGCGGCAGAGACUGGGAGACUAGUCAGGAUCGAGGCAAAGAUGAACGGCGCAAAGUACAGAGAGAUCCUUGAUGAAAACCUGCUCCAGAGCCCUCAGGACCUCAGACUGGGCCGAAGGUUCACCUUCCAACAGGACAGCAACCUUCGGGACAAGUCUCUGAAUGUCCUUGAGUGGCCCAGCCAGAGCCUGGACUUGAACCCGAUCUAACAUCUCUGGAGAGACCUGAAAAUAGCUGUGCAGCGAUGCUCCACAUCCAACCUGACAGAGCUUGAGAGGAUCUGCAGAGAAGAAUGGGAGAAACUCCCCAAAUACAGGUGUGCCAAGCUUGUAGCGUCAUACCCAAGAAGACUCGAGGCUGUAAUCGCUGCCAAAGGUGCUUCAACAAAGUACUGAGUAAAGGGUCUGAAUACUUAUGUAAAUGUAUUAUUUCCAUCUUUAUUCUUUUUUUGCAACAAUUUAUAAAAAACAGUUUUUCCUUUGUCAUUAUGGGGUAUUGUGUGUAGAUUGAUGAGGGGAAAAAACUAUUUAAUCAAUUUUAGAAUAAGGCUGUAACGUAACAAAAUGUGGAAAAAGUCAAGGGGUCUGAAUACUUUCCGAAUGCACCAUACAUGUCUUGAAAUGCGUGAGUGUAUGUAGCAAGCUACCUAUUUUAAAUAUCAACAGUACUGCCGCUGCUGCAGCAUAACAUUUGAUUAACACUUGAUAGCCCACCCUUUUCGGCCGAUGUCAAUCAUGUCUUUAGGAGGCAACUAGCUUGCUUACAAUUUGUGAUGAGUGAGUGUGUUGUUGCAGAAAUAAAUAGGCGUAUGCAAAAAAAAAUACAUUGCUACAGAGUCUGUUAUGAAUUUAGAGAUAUGAAUUAUUACAUAUAUUUCAGCUAACAACCUAUAUGCUGAUAUCUACAUGAAAAGAUUGAAUCUAAUCACCCUUUUCCUCCGUUUUGGCAGGUAAAUUCCUAAGUUUAUGAAAAGAAGUAAGGUCCCUGACUACAGGGACAAGCAGGUUUUUGGUGUCCCGCCAAUCAUCAAUGUCCAAAGGAGUGGGCAACCCCUACCCCAGAGCAUUCAGCAGGCCAUGCGCUACUUCCGCAGCCAAUGUCUGGAAAAGAUACUGUCACUCUCAUCCCCUCAAAGUGAUAAUGUGUUCCCUCAUGCUAUAGUGUGUGUAUAACCUUAUAACUUUAGUGUAUGUUCCACUCUAGAUAUGUAAUGUUAUUUCCAUUGUAGUGAGAUUUCAUGUGCUUGGUGAUACAUUAUAUAUGAUAAUGCAUUGAAGUGUAUGAAUUAUGCUAAUACACCAAUGACAUUAACAACAGUUUUUCACUCCUUUUCCUGUCAAGGUUGGCAUUUUCCGUAAGUCUGGGGUGAAGUCUAGGAUCCAAACUCUGCGGAAGCUGAAUGAAAAUUCUCCAGACAAUGUGAGCUACCAGGGCCAAUCAGCCUAUGAUGUGGCCGACCUGCUGAAACAGUAUUUCAGAGACCUGAACCCGUCCUCACCACCAAGCUCACUGAAACCUUCCUGCAGAUCUACCAGUGUGAGUCAGUAGCUCUAAGUCAGGGAGGGCAACUGGCGGCCUGCGGGUGACCCCCCCCCCCCCAUUUUGUCGGCCCAUGGAUCAAUUUCCAAAAACGGGCCCCCCUACUACCCCCAAAAAACGUUACUGUUCAGAGUUAGAAUAGUAGAAUAAACAAGGUGCAAUUUUGAAAUGUAGUUGUGCAUCAGCAGUUUUUCUCUUGUUAUGUCAGUCACUGAAAGUCACUGCAGCCCCUCAUGAGGAGUUUUUUACACUGACGGGCCCAUUUCUGCUCUAAGUGCUCCCCACCCACCCACUCAGGAAAGCUCUGAACUCCUGUGUCUACUUCAGAUUACCCCUCAGCACAUAAUUAUCAGAUUUAAAUAAUUGACUAGAUCAGGGUUCUUCUCAGAGGAGACUAUAUAGUGACUAGAUAGUCUCCUCUGAGAAGUCGAUCAGCUUAUUGAGAGGCAUAAUAAUGAUACAGUACUCUAUGAUGUCCCCCAGCUAGGACUUUACAGCUACAGUUAGGAUUUAUGGAGGUUUUACAAACAUGGCAUUAAGCCAUCGUCUAGAUUUGAUGUCUGGUUAUAAUCUAUAUGGAAUGUCUACUGCUAUAAUUACCAGGUGCAUUCAGAUGUCAUCAGUUUUUUCAUCAUUAUCAUGCUAAGAUCUUAAAACCAACAUAACAAUUGACGUUCAGACACCAGCUUUGGUCUGUGUUCUAGGUCAAAUUACCAUCUUACACAUCAGAACAUCAGAGAUUCCAAAGAUGGUGAUGUAUCUGUCAUGUGUAUUUCCCAGGUGUCCCUAAGGACAUGCGUCUUCAGGCAGCCCAGGCUGCAGUCAUCCUGCUGCCUGACGAGAACCGGGAGGUCCUGCAGACCCUGCUCUUUUUCCUCAGUGACAUCGCCUCUGCUGAGGAGAACCAGAUGACAGCUGGGAACCUGGCCGUGUGCCUGGCCCCCUCCAUUCUGCACCUCAACGUCUCCAAGAAGGAGGGCACCUCCCCUAGAUAUGUACUGGUAUGCGUGUGUCUGCAUACAGUGGCUUGCGAAAGUAUUCACCCCCCUGGGCAUUUUUCUGAUUUUGUUGCCUUACAACCUGGAAUUAAAAUGUAUCAUUUGAUUUACACAACAUGCCUACCACUGUCACGACUUCCGCCGAGGCUGCCUCCCCUCCUUGUUGGGCAGGCUUCGGCGUUCGUCGUCACCGGCUUACUAGCCACUGCCGCUCCAUUAUUCAUCAUUCCAUUUGUCUUGUCUUGUCAAUCACACACACCUGGUUCUUAUCCCCUCAUUAGUCUGUGUAUAAGUGUUCCCUCUGCCCCCCUUGUCCUUGUGGGUGAUUGUUUAUUUGUGAGAGUAGUGUAGCUCGGUGGAGCUACUUGUACCUUGUUAUUGCCAGGGUAGAUAUUUCCCCUGUGCCUGUUAUUGUUGGAGCUACCGUUACCUUGUAUUGCCAGGGUAGAUAUUUCCCAUGUGCCUAUUUUGUUUGUCGCUAUCCAGCGCUAUGUGUGUACGACGGAAUAAACUCUGCAUGUACGACGGAAUAAACUCUGCAUUCAGUGAUUACCCUCCUGCGCCUGACUCCUUCUAUCACACUCAUCACAACCACUUUGAAGAUGCAAAAUAAAUUAAUAAAAAACAAACAAGAAAUAAGAAAAAAAAAAAAAAACUUGAGCGUGCAUAACUAUUCACCCCACCAAAGUCAAUACUUUGUAGAGCCAACUUUUGCAGCAAUUACAGCUGCAAGUCUCUUGGGGUAUGUCUCUAUAAGCUUGGCACAUCUAGCCACUGGGAUUUUUGCCCAUUAUUCAAGGCAAAACUCCUCCAGCUCCUUCAAAUUGGAUGGGUUCCGCUGGUGUACAUCAAUCUUUAAGUCAUACCACAGAUUCUCAAUUUGAUUGAGGUCUGGGCUUUGACUAGGCCAUUCCAAGACAUUUAAAUGUUUCCCCUUAAACCACUCAAGUGUUGCUUUAGCAGUAUGCUUAGGGUCAUUGUCCUGCUGGAAGGUGAACCUCCGUCCCAGUCUCAAAUCUCUGGAAGACUGAAACAGGUUUCCCUCAAGAAUUUCCCUGUAUUUAGCGCCAUCCAUCAUUCCUUCAAUUCUGCCCAUUUUUCCCAGUCCCUGCCGAUGAAAAACAUCCCCACAGUAUGAUGCUGCCACCACCAUGCUUCACUGUGGGGAUGGUGUUCUCGGGGUGAUGAGAGGUGUUGGGUUUGCGCCAGACAUAGCGUUUUCCUUGAUGGCCAAAGAUCUCAAUUGUAGUCUCAUCUGACCAGAGUACCUUCUUCCAUAUGUUUGGGGAGUCUCCCACAUGCCUUUUGGCGAACACCAAACGUGUUUGCUUAUUUUUUUCUUUAAGCAAUGGCUUUUUUCUGGCCACUCUUCUGUAAAGCCCAGCUCUGUGGAGUGUAUUGCUUAAAGUGGUCCUAUGGACAGAUACUCCAAUCUCCGCUGUGGAUCUUUGCAGCUCCUUCAGGGUUAUCUUUGGUUUCUUUGUUGCCUCUCUGAUUAAUGCCCUCCUUGCCUGGUCCAUGAGUUUUGGUGGGCGGCCCUCUCUUGGCAGGUUUGUUGUGGUGCCAUAUUCUUUCCAUUUUUUAAUAAUGGAUUUAAUGGUGCUCCGUGGGAUGUUCAAAGUUUCGGAUAUUUUUUAUAACCCAACCCUGAUCUGUACUUCUCCACAACUUUGUCCCUGACCUGUUUGGAGAGCUCCUUGGUCUUCAUGGUGCCGCUUGCUUGGUGGUGCCCCUUGCUUAGUGGUGUUGCAGACUCUGGGGCCUUUCAGAACAGGUGUAUUUAUACUGAGAUCAUGUGACACUUAGAUUGCACACAGGUGGACUUUAUUUAACUAAUUAUGUGACCUCUGAAGGUAAUUGGUUGCACCAGAUCUUAUUUAGGGGCUUCAUAGCAAAGGGGGUGAAUACAUAUGCACGCACCACUUUUCCGUUAUUUAUUUUUUUGAAUUUUUUGAAACAAGUUGUUUUUUGAAUUUCACUUCACCAAUUUGGAUUAUUUUGUGUAUGUCCAUUACAUGAAAUCUAAAUAAAAAUCCAUUUAAAUUACAGGUUGUAAUGCAACAAAAUAGGAAAAAAAACGGCAAGGGGGGUGAAUACUUUUGCAAGGCACUGUAUGUGUGUAUCAUGGCAUGUAUUGAUUUGUUUUGGCGUGUGCUGCAUGGCACUAAAUGCCUUAAUGCCUUUGCAGCUGGAUCAUUUGUAAUCAGUGUUUUUAAAUGACGCCCAGAGCUCCCUCUGGUGUAUUCUCUUGCACUUCUACAUCCAUCACAAUUAGGGAACAUGAGUGCUUUAGUGGUCCUCUGUAGCUCAAUUGGUAGAGCAUGGCGCUUGUAACGCCAGGGUAGUGGGUUCGAUCCCCGGGACCACCCAAUCGUAAAAAUGUAUGCACACAUGACUGUAAGUUGCUUUGGAUAAAAGCGUCUGCUAAAUGGCAUAUUAUAUUAUAGUGGCUGCGCUCUACCCAUCCUCAUUGAUGUGUCAAGUCAACAUUUUGUACAAACAAAACUACCUAGGACUGACAGUGUUGUACCAGUUGUUUUCCUAUGGGCUAAAUAAAUGCACUAAAAUUCUGCUUAUUAACAUCCUCAUGGAUGUGUCAUGUCAAAAUGGAGCCCAAACAAAACUACAGAGGUUGGACAGUGUUGGACCAUUUGUUUUCCUCUUGACUAUUUCCUCAUCAAAAUGCUGCAUAUUGACAACAUUGUACUGUUGUUGAACUCAAAGCUCAGAGGAUGAUUGUGAUGUGUGUUGACUGUGUUCCAUCUUUCUGGCAGAUUAAUCCACCGAAAGGGGGCAGGGGGAAAACCGGACCACAAGGACCUGAGUGAGAACAUGGCUGCCAGUCAAGGGCUCAGCCACAUGAUUGUGGAGUGCAAGAAAUUAUUCCAGGUAUUAUACAGAAUACAUCUACAGUCCUUGAAGUAUAUGAUCUCUGUUCUGAAUAGCAUGAUCCUUCAGGACAAUCAGUCUCUAACAAAACACCAUCCAGAUGCAUUGACUAAUGUUGAAACAAUGUGAGUCAUUUAAAGAAUGGUUUAUUUUUAAGAAAGCAUUUAUUUUAGAAUGACUGAAAUAAACAUAUUUUCACAGUGUACCGUACUAAAUGUGAUGUCGGAAAUUAACUUGAUGUACUUUCAGAGGAAUUCAGUAGGCUACACUAUACGUACAUGACAACCGCUAUAUACAUCUCUGUAAUUCAUUUUUAAAAUAACCCAGUUGCCCUCUUAUUUGGUGUGACAGAUCCUCCAUGAGAUGAUGUUGCAGUCGCAGAACUCCUACGUCGCAGCAGACGCCAAGCCACUCCCUCUCCACGGCCUGGGACUGAACAUGAUGGGCGAGCCUGUGGAUUACAGAGCCUACCUGGAGGAGAACAUCCAGGCUGUACUGAGGGAGGCCAUAGAGAAGAGCAAAGGAUGGCACAGUGCCCCAGGCCCAGAGAACACAGAGCUGACCUACAAGAAGGUACGGCUCAGUGACUCUGCUGCAUGCUGAUACUAAUGCUGUCUGUUCUCAUACAAGAGCAGAAUUUACUGCUCAAUCAUUCUAAUAUUAGUUUUGCCUGCAGGCAGAAGCGCCUCUAGCCUUUUGAGGGCCCUAAGCGAGAUUUGGUAGGGGGGGCCGCGCCACCUCACGGGCAAAAUAUUUUAGUGCAUUUCAGUGUUAAAGUUAAUUUCCUGCAAUUCUAUGCAUUUUGCCACGGGGUGUAGAGAACAUUUUGAAGUUUAUAAACUAAUUGCAUGCAAUUCUUCUAAUUUUGCCAUGGGCGGAGAGAACAUUUUGCAGUUUCAAAGGUAAUGUCCUGCAAUUCUACACAUUUUGCCAUGUCUUAUACCAUGUUCAUAAGAUAACUGAGUGAGAGUGACUAACAAAAUCAAUGGGGGCCCCCUGGAGGUCAGGGCUCCUGGGCACAUGCCCUGCGUGCCCGGUCGGGAAUUUGGUGAUGUUUACUACAAGGUUUAGAUAGCUGACUAGACUACCUUAGCAAUCCCCCAAAAUUUGAGCUGACAUGGGCUAACUGAGUGACUGUCAGUGACUGACAUGACGAGUAGAAAACUGCUGAUGCACUACCACAUUUCGAAAUUGCACCUUGUGUAUUCUACUUUCUAACUCUUAACAGUAAGUUGCUUGCACUCGCCCGCCCGACUAGAAUCACUACUCUCGGCGGGUCUGACUUAGAAUAUGUGGACAACUACAAAUACCUAGGUGUCUGGUUAGACCGGAAACUCUCCUUCCAGACUCACAUUAAGCAUCUCCAAUCCAAAGUUAAAUCUAGAAUCGUCUUCCUAUUUCGCAACAAAGCCUCCUUCACUCAUGCUGCUAAACAUGCCCUCGUAAAACUGACUAUCCUACCGAUCCUUGACUUCGGCGAUGUAAUUUACAAAAUAGCUUCCAACACUCUACUCAGCAAAUUGGAUGUAGUCUAUCACGGUGCCAUCCGUUUUGUCACGAAAGCCCCAUAUACUACCCACCAUUGUGACCUGUACGCUCUCGUUGGCUGGCCCUCACUACAUAUUCGUCGCCAAACCCACUGGCUCCAGGUCAUCUAUAAAUCACUUCUAGGCAAAUCCCCGCCUUAUCUUAGAUCAUUGGUCACCAUAGCAACACCUACCUGUAGUAUGCGUUCCAGCAGGUAUAUCUCACUGGUCAUCCCCAAAGCCAACACCUCCUUUGGCCGCCAUUCCUUCCAGUUCUCUGCUGCAAAUGACUGGAACGAACUGCUAAAAUUUCUGAAGCUGGAGACACUUAUCUCCCUCACUAACUUUAAUCAUCAGUUGUCAGAGCAGCUUACCGAUCACUGCACCUGUAAACAGCCCAUCUGUAAUUAGCCCACCCAACUACCUCAUCCCCAUAUUGUUAUUUACAUUAUUAUUUAUUUUCCUCAUUUGCACCCCAGUAUCUCUAUUUGCACAUCAUCCUCUGCACAUCUAUCACUCCAGUAUUAAUACUAAAUCUUAAUUAUUUUGCACUAUGGCCUAUUUAUUGCCUUACCUCCAUAACUUACUACAUUUGCACACACUGUAUAUAGAUUUUCUAUUGUGUUAUUGACUGUACAUUUUGUUUAUUCCAUAUGUAACUCUGUGUUGUUGUUUUUAUCACACUGCUUUGCUUUAUCUUGGCCAGGUCGCAGUUGUAAAUGAGAACUUGUUCUCAACUGGCUUACCUGGUUAAAUAAAGGUUUAAAAAAUGAACAACUUUCAAAAAAGUCCAGACCCUGACUGAGUUCCAUAAAAAAUAAAAUAAAAAAUAUAUAAAAUAUAUAUUGAUGACUAUUUUUCAAUGUCACUUUCAACAAAUAUAUACAAUAUUACAUUUCUAAAUUUUUGGGGCUGGGGGCCCCCUAGCAAUCACAGCAGCAUGUUUGACAAAAAAAAUAUUUUCAAGAGAAAUUGAGCCAUAAUUUUUUCCCUACAUUGUCACGACAGUGUGGCCUUCAAUCAUUGUAUGACUGGAAAAUGAAUUUACCAUUUGGCAUAGCUUCUUUUGCUGUUGGAAUGAAGUGAAUCCUGUCCACUUUGAAGAGUGAAGGCAUGUUAGCUAGCUUGUUAAAGUUACAGUAUACUGUUCAGUCCUGAACCAUAAUAUCACAAUCUAUUUGUUCUCUUCAGGUAGGGGAUGGCCAUCCCAUUCGUCUUUGGAAAGUGACCACCGAGAUAGAGGCCCCGCCCCAGACAGUGUUGCACAGAGUUCUGCGUGAGCGCCACCUGUGGGAUGAAGACCUGCUCCACAGCCGUGUAAUCGAGGCUCUAGAGGACAACACAGAGGUGUAUCACUAUAUGACAGACAGCAUGGCACCUCAUCCCCGCAGGGACUAUGUAGUGCUGAGGUACGCAUGGUGGACGAAAUUAGCUGUUUGAUAAUUGUUUGUCUAGCCAGGUGCUGUAUCCAAGGCCUGAUUGGGAGACAUGGACAGAAGGGCAGAGUGGCCAGAGGCCAAUCAUACUUAUGUCUGCCCUUUGCUCAGGGGUAGUCAACAUGUUGUUGAUUCAGUAAGGUGAAUUGUUAAAUCUUCAGGCUGUUGAUUGAAACCAAAGAAGACAGUAAUGACCCUUGCUGUAUUUUUCUCCUGAUUAGGCGGUGGUGUAGAGACCUUCUUCAGGGCCUAUGUCUGCUAGUGUCCUCCUCUGUGGACCAUGACAACGUUCACCUGGAGGCGGGGCUACGGGCAGUGCUGCUCACCUCACGGGUCCUGAUUGAGCCUUCUGGGAUAGACCGGUCCAGGCUGACGCAGUACUGCAGAGCGGACCUCCGGUAGGAAACCAGCUAUGCAUUAAUUUCCAUUGGACACCAUGUUUUUUAUGAUGAUUUAAAUGGCUAAUUGAUGCCUAUGGACAACAUGUUGACCUAGAGCUCAUGCAAUUAGUUGGCACCUUGCCAUUUAAACAUAGUCAUAAUUACCAUGAAAAUAAUUGUGCAACAUAGAUUUGUUGUGUGAAAGAUAAUCUAAAUGUGAAUGCCAUUGAAAUGUAUUUCUGAGGAGUGGGUGAACCUCCCUGCUAUUGAAGUAUGUAAUUGGAUCAGAAUGUCUUAUUUGACCUUGUGAUGUCAUUUUUCAGGGGACAAUCACCUGAGUGGUACUGCAAAGUGUUUGGCCAUCAAUGUGCAGUGGAAGUUGCUAGGAUACGGGGCUCCUUCCCUGUGCUCUCAGCGAGAGAAACAGAGACAAAGCUUUGAGCUCUCAGAUGGCCAGACAGCCCACCUCAGACACGUGCUGCCUACGGCUCACAAUGACUCAAAUUUAGAGUGCCAAUCUGUAGCAUUAUGUUACAUCUGCCUGACAAACUCUCCACAGUGUCAUCAACAUGGGACUGUCAGGAUGUGCUCUCAGAUUGCACUGAUGCCCCAUUUGGAGCCACUGUGGAAUUUGUAGCAAUAUUUACAAAUCUAAACCAGUCUAUGCAUUAACUCACCCUAACAUAUUCAAAAGUACUCUGAAGUAAAUAAAAUACUUUAUUUCUGUAAAAUCCAUCCUUGUGAAAGAUUAGGUUAGAUUAGGACAAUUGUGUUGAUAGCUUUA